AUGAUGAUCACUGAGAGAAACCACAGUGCUGCUCCAGUCAUAUUUGUUCUCUUGGGAUUCUCUGACUACCCAGAAUUUCAGAUUCUUCUCUUUCUGAUUUUCUUAGUUAUCUAUGUGAUCACUGUAAUGGGGAAUCUUGGAAUGAUAGCAAUCAUUGCCGUGAAUCCCAAGUUACACACCCCAAUGUAUUUUUUCCUUAAACACCUGUCCUUUGUGGAUUUCUGUUACUCCACAAUUGUUACACCAAAGUUGCUGGAAAACUUAGUUGCAGAAGAUAGGGCAAUGUCUCUGCCUACUUGCAUCACACAAUUCUUCUUUGCAACUACCUGUGCUUUGAUUGAUCCCUUCAUGUUGGCAGUGAUGGCAUAUGACCGUUUUGUGGCCAUUUGUAAUCCCCUUUUAUACAUAGUUAUCAUGUCCCAGAAACGUUGUGCCCUGCUGAUGGCUGCAGCAUACUCCUGGGGUAUACUCUUCUCUCUGCUCUUCACCUAUUCUCUCCUUGUAUUAUCUUUUUGUGGUACUAACAUCAUUAAUAAUUUUAUCUGUGACUAUUCUGGCAUACUCUCUUCUUCUUGCUCUGAUAAACACUUUAGUGAGCUAAUACUUUUUAUAGUGGCAAAUUUUAAUAUGUUUAGCACACUUGUGGUCAUAAUCUCUUCUUAUAUUUUUAUUUUUGUAACUGUCAUGAAGAUGCAUUCAAUUAGGGCGAGGUGUAAGGCUUUCUCCACUUGUGCCUCUCACCUGAUAGCUGUUGGAAUGUUCUAUGGAACAGUUCUUUUUCUCUACUGCAUUCCCCAUGCCAAAAGCAGUUGGUUCACCAAUAAAUUGGGCUCUGUUUUCUAUACAGUGGUCAUCCCCAUGCUGAACCCUUUGAUAUACAGUCUGAGGAAUAAUGAAGUAAAGGAAACAUUUAGGAAGUUAUUGGACACAAAAAGGUUUUCUCAUUAA